AAUCGUAUUCUCUGAGGCGGCAAGCAUGGCGGCUGCCGAAGCUUCGGUUGACGUCGUAGCUUGCGACGAGAAAUCAGGCGAAGAUGGGACGAACAGCCCAGAUUCUUCGAGUGAGCCACUUGCCACAACAAGCUCGAUGCCGGACGAUUACGUCUAUCAGGCUCCCAGUGGUGCGGACGUCUUCAAGUGGCAUCAAGGGCGCAUCCACGACAAUGAGGCCAAAGUUUGGCAGGGCACGAAGCGGCUGGAGCCAAACGGAACCGUGGAGGAAGCGGAGCUGGUGGAAUUGUUGAGGAAGAGCAGAGCCGACAUGCUUAAUCGCGUCGGAUCGUUCAGACCCAUCGACGUCUUGCAAGCUCUUUGGGACGAGGAGGAGAAGAGAGUUGUCGUCACCAAGCAUAAGGGCACAUACCUCAAGUUUAUGGGCACCAAAGUUGGCGACCGCACGGUUCUCCACCCACACGAGGCACUCUUCCUGCUCGAAGCGAAUCAGUUGCUGCUGAUGCGAGAUGGCACCAUGAUGAGCGUCUCGGAGGCCUACGAGCUUCUCUUGAAGGACGGGGACGACUACGACAAGUAUCUGGUCUACUCACACAUUCUUAGGGCUGGAUACAUCGUCGUCCCACACAGGAAGCAGGUCAGCCAGGAAUCACCGAAACCCGCUAACGAGGAAACCAAGGAAGUGAAAGGCAAGCAGCACGAUAGCGACGACGACGUGGUCUGCCUCGACGACUCGGACGAUUCAGACAUCUCUGUCGUCGAGGUGAUUCCGGCCAAGUUUCCCAAGCUUGACCCUUCUAUAACGAUAACGCGGGUGAACAGCUCGAAGAGGAGCCUCUUUCCGGAGAAACGACGCUCCCAAGCCAACGACCUCGCCUUCCCGCAGUAUAUUGCCGGUCAGCCGCUGGUCCUGAAACGACCGCCUCGCCACCUCCUUCCCCGGAACGUCUACCCUUCCCGAGAGUGGUACGAGGUUGACCCCACCAGGUGGUGUUUGGAAGAGACUGCCAUCAGGGAGAAGCGGAGAAACAGGGGCUGGUAUGGCGAACGGUCGUCGGAAAACUGGGACCAAAGGCACAGCUCUGGACGAAGGAAUCCCGCUAUCCCAGAUCUGAGGCCAGACAUGCAGUGCCAAGACAACAGACAGGCUUGGCAAGCGCCAAACGCUUCGUCUUCAUGGCACACACCGAAUAACUUGGCACAAUUUUUCCCGGAGCAGUGCCGAGAUGGCAGAACGUGGAGCAACCAUGCGGACCGAGGUGGUUAUGAAACCAGUCAUUCUAGGGGUCCAUACUUGAGUGGCGACGGUCCGUGGAACGAUGCAGCUGUCCGAACCUCACCGUAUGAUGCACCUCCCUGCCAGCCCUGGUGGCACGGGGGAGGAGGAUUCAGUGGUGGUGUUCCACCGCAACCGUGGAACUUUGCCGAUGUCCGGGGAGCAGCCGGCAUGGAAAGACCACCGAUACCGCUACCGUGGGGUUCGGGCCAGCCCUGGCGCACUAUGCCACCACCACCACUUCACCAGCUCCCUCCGCCACCACCAUUGCUUCCAGGCUGGACAUCUCGAAAGCCUCACGAAGGUAGUUCCAGCAACCAGUAUGGAUACUUUACAGAGGCCUAUGCAUCAGAAGCAUCAGAGCGGAGCCAGGAGUCACGGAGGUUUGGGUCAGACUCAUCAUUCUACUCCGGGCCGGGUCGACCAGACCGGCCCACUCGUCCGAACCAGGCGUCGUACCGAAGAACUGCGCACAGGAAUGACAGCAGUCCACGGCGAAACUGGCAGCGGAAACCGCACCGGCCGAGCCACUGGCAGUGCAGUGUUCGCGGGGGCCUCGACGAGGACGAGUAUCCCUCGGCCCUGCCUCCCUUCUCGGCAGGGGCAACCAGCUGGUCCGAGCUCAAGUUCGACCUCGCCCAGGCCGAGCGCUCGGAGGCUCUCCUAGACGGCGAGGGCUCCGUCCUCUGGAAAGGCUCCAUCAAGCCGCUGGUCACACCCACUCAGGACGUCUCAAUACCGGGCAUCGUCUCCCAGCUUCCCAUAACCCCGGAGGUCGACCUUGUCAACGGCAGUCGGCAGUCGAGCAGCUCCACGUCGGACGACUCCGAGCCGGUGACACCCGACCUGGAUGUGUAUCUGCCUGCCACGAGUUACUCCAAGCGGAACCCUGGAACGCCCGAGUGCCGGGUCUGCGUAGUCAGGUGGGAAGAUGGGCCAGUUCAGCUGCGAGACCUGAGAGCGCGGCAAGCGCCCAUGAGCGAUGACGCGCCUCUCGUGUUCGCAGCGGUGGACCAAGGCCAAGUGCACCUGUAUGCGUACGACGUGAUGGAAGUGCCGCGUUUCUUUCCAUCAUCCUAGUCUCAGAGCGGGGUGUUACUUUGUUCUGUUGAUGUGAAAUCAUUACAACACCUCAUUAUUGCUAGGGAGUGAAUUUUCCGGAUUGCCGUCAAAUUUCAAACCAAUCUCCAAGCUGUGCACUUUCGCCAGGACAAUAAUUCCCCAUUAAGCCAGCAUCCAAUUAGAGCAGCUGAAUCACUGCCGCUUUUUUUUUUUUGUGUGUGCCUCAGCGGGAGAGCAGUCAAAGAAAGAAAAAAAUGUUUGACGUCUAGACGACGUAGGUGCCGUUUCUACAGUGCUCGAACUUCAGUCUGUAUUGUUCUCGAGUAAAUCCUAUAAUGUUGUGAAAUUUCUUUAUGCUACGUCAAUAAAGUAUUUUUGUAGUAGUGUUGACUGAAACAAUCGUCAAUACAUGAGGCUCAAAGCAGUCGUGUUAAUUUUAAAAAAUAACGCUAGUGUAUACGUUGGAUAUCAGCUAUAUGCCUGACUGCCUUCUGGCUUCAGCUGUUGCUGGUUAACAAACAGUGCUUAGUAUACCCCUAGUACAGAUUAGAUAGCGCAUCCAUGGCUGCCAAGCAAUCAGCUUGACGCACGAUAGUGUUUCCGGGCAACAGCAGCUGCUGUGCUGUGGUACGUUUAUUAUUUUACUACUGUAAAAUAGAUCAGAAUGGAAGUAUUGCACUUUAAUUUAAAGGUUCAGCCUCACUUUGUUUUGGUGUAUGCAACUUUAUAGUGCAUGUUUAAUAUGUUGAUUUGUUGGAGAAACUGUAUUUGUGAUAUUGUACUUGCAUCUCUGUAACGUUUCUGUGUGCCUUUUUUUUUUUCAUGCAUGGACACUCGUGUGCAUGUAUCGUCAGCCAACUCAUGGAAGAAAAGUGUUUGCAGCGUUAUUUCUUGUUUCGAUUUCACAGUACUUAAGAAGUUUUGUUACAAAUGCAAUAAAACAGUGAGACCUUCCUUUUUUGGGCACGCAAUUUGAGAGAUAUGAGCUGAUGCACUGCAUUUUGAGCGAAUCUUGUAUUGUUUUUCAGGUGUCAAACUUGUUUUCGCGGCUAAAUGAAUGGCUUGAUACAUAGGCAGAGAUGUUAGCUUCUCAUUUGAUUAGCUGUAGAUGUGACCUUCUUGCAUGCUGUGCACUUCAGUCAAUAACCACAGGCAUUUAAUUAAUUUGGUGUGAAGUGACGGGUGACCAUGUCAGGCGGAGAUAUCAAUUUUCAGCCUUAUGCGCUAUGCAUUUUCUCGCAUUCAGUGUGGUCAAGCCACACAAAGCAAUGAGUCUAAAUCGCUGCUUCACUUUAGUGUGCCCUUGAAUGCUCUUGAACAAGACUGCGUACCUGUUCGUUGAACACCUGCAGCUUUUCUAUUACAGCACCGUUUCUAAAUAUUGCUGCGAAUGCACAUUUAUUACAGAUUGCUGUAUACAGUAGCCAGAUCACAAGGUCGUGGUUGAUGAAUCGAGUUGAGGUUAAUUUAGGAACACUUUAGGAUUAGACCAGCUGUUACAGACAUAACUUAGGAAGACAAAUGUUGGGAUCAGUGCCAAUGAAUUAGCGUGGGUAAUUUUUUUUGGAGGGGGGUGGCAGAAGCUAUGUUGCUGGCUAUUGUUAAAGUAUUCACUUCUUCCAUUGUGCGACUGCAUAAACUGAUGGCGCUGAAGAGCCAGUAGUGAUGUGAAAAUGGGAGUCAUCUCUACACCAUUCUAAGUAUACAACGGAGUGCCUUGUACUCUGUUUUAUACUCAGGAGUAAAUAAUACUCCAGUUUAUUCUUGAAAUGGAGUAAUUUGUACUGCAUGUUAUUGUUGAAACGGUGUAAAGAGUACUCUGUAUAAUGCUUGGCAGACAAUUUGGUAUGUAAACUACGCUGAAAUCACUGUAAACCGAGUACAAAAUUGAGUGACGAGUACGCCUUAGUAUGGCAACCUUGCAAACUGUCGGUGUAACACUCAUUUGCUCCAUUUUCACAACUUCAUCGACCGAGGAUGUUGAGGAGCUCAGACUGUUGUGGAGACUGAAGUUGGCACCUAUGCAAUGGAACUAAAAAAAAAAAAAAAGUUUAAGAAUUUUGUUUGUUUGUCAAGACAUUUCAGUGAAGCAUAAAGGGUGUACUUCAUGGCACCUUAACUUAGAGAACCUAUUCACUUUUAAUCGAAACACAACUUAUUGUUCAACCUUCUCACAGUGUAGGGAACAUUGGUGAAAGUUAUGUGUACAAAUGUAUCUAAAUAAAUAAAGUAGCCCCAUACUUCUUAUAUGGGUGAGCAGCGAAAAUGGCUAGUUUCAAGCUUUGUCCUUCGGCUUUUACAUAGCCUGUUUGAGAUGUAUGAUGUUGUUUCUCAGUUCUCCUUUGUGCCCAAGAGAACUGAGAGCCUGAGGAAAGUGGUCCAGAAAGCAAGCCAGAAAGUGCGUAUCUACAGGUUAACACGGACCAUAGGUGGAGUUGUGGUAAUAUCGUGUGCCAACCUCUCACAACUCGUUAGUCCUCAAUGAUAAUGUUUACUGAGAUAAUUAUAAUUUUUUUAUAUUUGAGCUUCUUAUAAGGGCUGCUUUUAUAAUCUCUCCACAAUUUUUGUGAAAUUUUCAGUGCCUUUAGAAGGAACGCUCACAAGUACUUGGAAAACUGUGCAACCUUUUUUUCUAUUGCUAUUUGGCAAUGUAAAAGUUUAUGUGAGCAAUUACUCUUUGAAAUACAAGCAGUAGCACUCCUGUGAUUAGCAUGUUCAUCAUAAGUUACUUGUUAUUCUUUUACCUCCUUUUUUUCUCAGUUUGAAUGGUGCAACAUUUCAAGUCACAUAUACUUUUAAGUAGCCAUCACGCACACCUAUUCAAGUUACUGUACAGUUUGUUCAUUAGGUUACCCAUCAUGAUCAAUCAAGGUAUGUUAAUUGUGGGAUGUGCAUCAUCACAUAUUCAAAGCAUGACACUUUGCAUACAAUUCACUCCUACUAAAAUCUAUCUUUCACAAUUUAAUAUGUCACCUGUGCCUAAUUUGGACAUGUUCAAUACAAUGUAGAUUGUCGAGGUUUCACAAAUUGCAAAUUUAGUUGUGGUGAAUGGCAAGCUCUUUGACAGUUUACAUAAACUCAGUGUCCACACUUUGCAAAUCCAUGUACAAACCAACAUGUAUAUGUAACUAGCAUUCUUGCAUGAUAGCAAUGCUUGCUUUUGUGCCCUUGACGAGAUGUAAAUACACUAAAUUUUGUUUGCAUGCAUGCAUGGCCCCUGCAAACAUUGUCACCUUUUGUGAUGUUCAUACGUGAAACAAUAAAUAUAUCUCCUAUUGACACAAA